ACCAGCUGCCAAAAAUAGGAAGUUAUUUUUAUAUUGCACAUGGCACUGGACAAAACGGAUUUUUCGAUUCGCCCUGUUGACUCCACAGUAGAAGAAAUCUGAUUGGCUUUUUGCUGUGGAGGGUGUGCAAUAAAAAGGGAUGUGGCAUAAGUAGUAAAAACAGGCUCAACAAGUUUAAACAACUGAUACCUUUGUCAGACCCACAAAGUGAUUCUCUUGUCAUCCCUACUGUAACCAGGAACUUAGCAGAGCAUAUGGAGACAAAUAGCAAAGAAACACUUCAAGCAGACUUUGAUGCAUUUGAUAUUUCUGAGGAGCUUGGAUUUCUACUUGAAGAGCCACUGACUACCCUUCCAGACUAUUAUAGGGUGUGGAUGGAUCUGGCAAAUAAUCUCACACAUCUGAUAGAGUCACGCAAACUACGGGAUCUGGUUCAUAAGAUGCCAGUCUUGAGUCCUCAUUUCCUGAGCGGUCAUCGGGAGCUCAGGCUGGCUCAUCUAGCACUGGGGUUCAUCAGCAUGGGUUAUGUAUGGCAGGAAGGUCAACAUGCACCUGCUCAGAUUCUCCCAAAAACCUUGGCCUUGCCCUACUGGCAGAUAUCUCACAGGCUUGGACUUCCACCCAUCCUAACUUAUGCAGAUUCUGUUUUAGCCAACUGGAAAUUAAGGAAUCCCACAGGGGAUAUGGAAAUUGGGAACAUGGACUUGAUAUUUUCCUUCCCUGGUGGUGAAAGCUGCCGGGGAUUUUUCAUUGUGUCAUUGCUGGUCGAGAUGGCUGCAAGUUCUGGCAUUAUGGGAACUCUGGAGGUGAUGCAUGCUAUGAAAGUCUCUGACCUCGUCGGCAUGCAGAAAGGUCUUAUCAAAGUAACUCAGUCUUUGAAGAAGAUGAAGGAAACUUUCAUACUCAUGCAUAAACAUGUCGAUCCAACUGCAUUUCAUGGAACAUUGAGAAUUUUUGUCUCUGGGUGGCGAGACAACCCCAUGCUUCCAAGGGGGCUGUUGUAUGAAGGUGUGAGCAAUGAGCCCAUUUUGUUAUCAGGUGGCAGUGCAGCACAGAGUUCCGCCAUUCAGUGCUUUGAUGCUUUGCUGUGUAUCCAACAUGAAGCAGAGACAGGAGCCUUCUUGACACGCAUGAGGGAUUACAUGCUUCCUGCCCAUCGUCAGCUGAUAGAAAUGCUGUCUGCCCGUCCUCUUCUGAGGCACUUCAUCCUCUCCUGCUCUAGCUCUGAUCUCUGCCAGGCCUACAACUCCUGUAUCUCAGCCCUGGUGGAAUUACGGAGCUACCACCUCAAUACUGUGACCAAAUACAUCACUGUUCCUGGGAACCGUGCCCUCAACAUGGGCUGCCCCCUCAGAGGUGUGGGCACUGCGCUGAACACAACAGGGACUGGCGGAUCCAGCCUCAUGGUCUUCCUCAAGAAUGUUCGUAACACAACGCAAAAAGCACUGAUCUUAGAGAGGCCAUCUGCAUCAAGAGAAGCUGAAACAUAAUUUAUACCAUACUGUAUAUUGUACAAUGUGCAA